AUGCAGGUCAAAAUGCCGGAUGAGCGGACUCCUUUGGUGAAGGAUGCAGAAUCCCAGAAGUCUAAGCCACUUGGCGUUUCGAAACUUCUGGCUGGGUUGGUUGGCGUGUUUCUUGCCAGUGCAGAUAAAUCUAUUCUGCUGACCACACAAACGCAAAUUGCGUCUUCACUGCAUUCUCCUUCUAAUGCGGCCUUGCUGCUGGUGUCUUACAAUCUAGGCUUUUGUGUUGCGCUGCCUGUGUAUGGUUUCCUGAGUGAUAUAUAUGGUUCUCGGAAUUUCCUCUUAAUCUCAUAUGUCUUGUUCUCUAUUGGAUGCGCCAUAUCUGGCGCUGUCGACACAAUAUGGCCAUUUGCUUUUGGUCGAUUUGUGGCAGGUAUAGGAGGUGCCGGUAUGACCGAUCUGCUCUCCGUACUCAUUAAUGAGAUUUUCGACAUCACGGAACUCGCCUCUAUGCGAAGCUAUAUUAUUGCGGCCGACAUCUUUGGCCAGGGAUGUGGAGGACCACUUGGAGGCGUUAUUACUGACAAGGUCGGCUGGAGAUGGGCCUUGCUCGGUCAAUCGCCUAUAAGUAUGCUUUGUUUGGUUCUAGCCUAUUUCCAACUUCCCAAAGUUCCCAAGAAAAAUAACAAGGAGUCUAAGCUGAGCUUAUGGAACUUCGAUUAUUGGGGACUUGGAGCAUUCACCAUUUCAGCUACCUCAUUUGUCCUGGGCACUACUGACGGAAAUCCCGCCUUGGAUAAUAAUAAACCACUUUUAUUUGCCAUUUCCGGUAUAUUUUUGGUGAUCCUGAUCGUCGUCGAAAAAUUAUCGUCUAGACCGAUUAUCCCUCCUUCCGUCAUUGCUGCGCCAAACAUACGAAGCAUUUUCUUGGGACAGUUCCUGUUCUUUGUAAAUGUCAGCACAUUUAUGAACAAUCUUCCACCCUAUCUCGCCAAAAUAGAUCACCUCACCAAUACACAGAUUGCUAUGCGAAUCUGGCCAACGGGCUUUGGUUUAAUUCUUGGCUCUAUGAUAGCAGGAAGGCUUUUGAGAAAGGAGUCCCUCAUUGGCGUAGGGAUUUGUGCUUCAUCCCUAAUUAUUAUGGUCAUUCGGUGGAUAAAUGGCAUCAAAGGAUUCGAGAUCUAUUAUUCCCUUCCCUGGACGGUGGGGGGUGGAAUCUUACUCUCCGCGCAAUUUGUUGCGCUGGCCGUACGCUGUCCUGACCAAAUGGCCAAUGCUACGGCAAUCUUUUGUCUGGUGCAGCAGGUUGGUCAAAUUGUCGGGACUAGUGCUAGCACCGCAGCUCUACAACAGCUCUUCGGCUCUCGGCUAGGCGUCAAUUUGAGUGACGCCCUACCCGAAAAGACUCAGAUCAUUCAAAAGCUUCUCAAAAACUACGGCUCUAUUACAGCUUUGCCUGAAAUUCUGCAAAGAGCCGUCCAAUCUAGCUACAUUGAGGCGUUUCGUUUAAUCCCAGCAUUGUCGGCAAUUUUGACGAUUGCCUGUGGAAUUCUCAUUCUCUUCUCUUAG